CGUACAAUUCAACCUUUAAAUUUCUCCCCUAGCUCGAUCGAACUAGUAUAUAUAAAACAGAGAGAUUCAUUCUUUGGAUUCAGAUGAUCAGUUUAAUUUGAUAAUUUGCAUUCCUUCGUCCGUUGAUUGAUCGCUCAAUGGCUGUGUAGCGACGAGGGAUCGAUAUGGAGGAGGACAAGAGCCAAAAGAGACCUCGUGAGGCUUUUGAUCUCAACGAGGAUGUCCGUAGCGAGGAGGAGGACGAAAGGGAAGGGAGCAGCGAGAGAGGCACGAAGGUGAGGCAGUACGUGCGGUCCAAGCUGCCGAGGUUGCGGUGGACGCCGGAUCUCCACCUCGCCUUCGUCCACGCCGUCGACAGGCUCGGCGGCCAAGAAAGAGCCACCCCAAAGUUGGUGCUUCAGCUGAUGAACGUGAGGGGGCUGAGCAUUGCUCAUGUAAAGAGCCACCUACAGAUGUAUCGGAGCAAGAAGCAGGAUGGCUUAGGUCGCGAGAAGUCCACCAUUUCUUCAGCUAUGCAGCCCAUGGAUCUGCUGCUGAGAACACAACGUCUCCACGAGAUGUUCUACCCGCGAACAACGAGCUCAUUGCGGCCCUCGGGAUUCGACGACAGCCGGAGCAUUCAUCAUCAAAGUAAUCGUCACCGCAUUGGCGACGGUCUUCAUCAUCGACCGCAGGAGCAGUUACAAGGACAGCAAGAUUGCCGUUGGGCAUCCAGAGAUUGGGAGAAAGGGGUUGUUCCCACCGGCAUCGGUACUCCAUUCACCAAUAGUUCGUCUGCCCAAUAUCCGACGCGCGAACCUGAAUCUCAAAGCGCAUUUCGUCUCGAGGUCGAUCCAAGUGACGCGAAGAAGAGGAGGACGAGUGCGAUGGCGGAUCCGAUUUUGAAACUGGAGAAGGGGCAGGAAGAUCACGAAGAUGCGGCGGCUAGUUUGCUGUCGCUUACGCUUACCCCCUCGAGCGCUUCAUCGAUGAUCGGUGGGCAGGAAAAGGCACUAGAGGGGAACGGCAGUGAAGUUGUUAGGGAUAGGAGCGACAAGGCCGCUUUGGGGAUGAGUACUUUAGAUCUGACCAUGUCAAUCUAGGCAUCGGAGUCAGAUCUUUCAAGUACUUGCUUCAAGGUCUUACAAGAUUAUAUUUGGUUGUGAAUUGUAA